UCUCCCCAGGCGUUCGGCACCAACCAGGAGGACUACGCCAGCUACAUCAUGAACGGCAUCAUCAAGUGGGGCGACCCCGUCACCUCGGUGCUGGACGACGGCGAGCUGCUGGUGCAGCAGACCAAGAACAGCGACCGCACGCCACUUGUGUCCGUGCUGCUGGAGGGCCCCCCCCACAGCGGUAAGACCGCCCUGGCAGCUCAGAUCGCCGAGGACUCAGAGUUCCCCUUCAUCAAGAUCUGCUCCCCGGACAAGAUGAUCGGCCACUCUGAGAUCUCCAAGUGCCAGGCCAUCAAGAAGGUGUUUGACGACGCCUACAAGUCCCAGCUGAGCUGCGUGGUGGUGGACGACAUCGAGCGCCUGCUGGACUACGUGCCGAUCGGCCCGCGCUUCUCCAACCUGGUGCUGCAGGCCCUGCUGGUGCUGCUGAAGAAGCCCCCCCCAAAGGGCAGGAAGCUGCUGAUCAUUGGGACCACCAGCAGGAAGGACAUCCUUCAGGAGAUGGAGAUGCUGGACGCCUUCAGCACCACCAUCCACAUCCAGAACAUCUCCACCGGCGAGCAGCUGGUCGACGCCCUGGAGCUGCUGGGCAGCUUCACAGAGAAGGAGCGAGCCAGCAUCGGACACCAGCUGAAGGGGAAGCGAGUGUGGAUCGGCAUUAAGAAGCUGCUGAUGUUCAUCGAGAUGUCCCUGCAGAUGGCCCAGGAUUACCGAGUGACCAAGUUCCUGACGCUGCUCAGAGAUGAGGGCUCAGGCCGCGCGCCACGUGACCUGGAGCAGCUCACUAACACCUUCCUCUGCUGCAGCGGCCGGGCCUGCUACGAGUAGAGAGAGGAGGAGGAGGAGGAGGAGGAGGAGGAGGGCUCCGAUGGGACCGACCGACCAAGCCCGCCGUGCGAGGGAAGGAAAGGAGCAACCUUUCCGCCCACGCGGCCCACGCGGCCCAGGGGUCCACGCACACGCCUCUACCCUCCACCUGUGGGCCCGCCGGGGGUCAGAGGGCGGAGAAGCAGCGGCCUGACUUCCUAUUAGCAUGUUAAGAGCAUCCAGUCCCAGCCAAGGCCAACCCGCCCCGCCUCCUCGUCUCCAUGCCGACAGAUUGACAGCCCAAAUUGACAUAUCACUGAAACCUGUUGAGAAUUGUGCUUUUACUGUUUAAGAACAUCAUGUAUAAUAUAUCUAUCGAUAUAUCUAUCGAUAUAUAUAUAUGGAUAGAUACAUACUGAUAUUUGAAAAAGGAUAUCACAAAAAAAGGUUAAAUAAGUGCUGUCUUGUGCGUUGUGCAUUGAAAAUAAAUAGUAGCCAUGUAUGUUUUUAGCUUCCCGUAUUUGUUGUAGCAUAUAUCUUUUGUGCCCACCGCGAGCUAGAGUUUGGUCAAUAUGUUCAUGCUCUUAUGCAACCUUAGCCAGGCCAUAGGGUUUAUACGUGGUAUACUGAUGACUGGAAACCUCAAACCCGCUCACAUUUCCACCUCUCAACCCCGCCGGAGUCGGACGUGAAGUGUGUCGGGACAAAAAUAUACAUAAAAACGAAAUGUUGUUUUAACGUGUAAAUGUAAACCCUUUAAAUGUAUUUAAGAAAACAUUUCUUUUUUGUAUAUAGUAUAUAAAUAUAUAUAUUAAAAAUACAGUAUAUAAAACGAAGUGAUUAAAAAAAAAUGGAAAGACAAUUGAGUACCUGGGACAUAUUUCGGUGUGAUGCUCCUACCGGUCGCUUCGAGGGACGUUGAGUCUGCUGUUCUAGAGUACCUUGUGGAUUACUGUAGGCUGUCUGUGGCGUGCAGUGCAGUGCUAGGUAAAGUGAGGCAUCUUCAGUGUUUAGAUUCAAUUAAACAACACACACCUUUCCAGCACUUAUCAUGUGAAAAUGUGUUUGUUUUUUUUACACGUGAUAGAUAUUCUUGUGCGAAAUAUUUAUUUGAAUCCAUGUUUCUCGAAUUGUAAGUGUGUGUGCGUGUGUGGCUGCGUGUAUGUGUGUGUGCAUGCGUGUAUUUUUCCCUAUAUGUAAGCUUCAGCAUGCGACUGUGUUGAGGUGAGUGUGUGUGUGUAAGUGCAUUUCAGUUUUAUUCAGUUCAGCGUGACUAACGUGUGUUCUUUUCCUGCCCAUGUCAGUGGUCCGUGCUUAUUGUCCAACCGACGCUCUUUUUUUGUGUUCCAAAACCCUAACGAUUUAAGUGUGUGUGGGUGUAUUAUCAUGCAAGAUGUAUUAUUGCAAUAAAAUCACAGAUGCACAGGUAA